GGAACGGGAGUGGCGCCGGCCGUAACGGCGCGCGCGCGGCGUCGUCCGUCGACACGUCUUUCGUAUGCGAGUCGACGUCGGCGGAUUCGGCCAUGAGUCGGGAAGUGGAGAGUCGUCCCGGUGCCCGCCGGCCCACCCGUCUCUUCCGGACCCUGCUAUGGGCGACCCUGACGGCGGUCGUCGCCCCUUCUCCCGUCGACGACGUGGACGACUACCAGACCGUGGUAGAAAACUGGGCUUUAAAGUUCGGAAGCGACAUUUUCGACGGCAGCGCCAAAGCCGUCUCCCUGAGGAAGCUGAGAGAGCAAUUUACCGGCAUGAACCCAAAAGUGAGUCCGAUCGUCACCGACGAGAUGUUUAAGGAGAUGAGGACCAGCAUCCAGAACAUGCUAAACUGGAAACUCCGCAUCGUCGAAAAAGCGGCCGACGCAGCGGAAGCCGAAGCUCUCAAGCACGACCCGGAUAAACCCGUAAAAUUCAAAUAUUACAACGCCAAGAAGAUAAGAGAUCCGAGAGAAAAGAUCUCUAAAGAAGAGGAGGAGGAAGAGGAGGAGGAGGAAGAGGACGACGACGAAGAAAGCGAAGAAAAAUACCAGUUUUUGGAACUGGAAAGAAAAAGGACUUUCGACUGGCCCAUUAACUUGACGUAUAGUAGUAUUCACGUUCCCACCAACGUCUACCAUAAAGCUCCCGCCAUUGUGGACGGAAUCAAAUGGUCAGACGCCAUCACUAGCACUUUCAAGAACAACCUGGCGGUGGAUCCUUUCCUCUCUUGGCAAUAUUUCGGAAGCAGCACCGGAUUCCUCCGUAUAUAUCCCGCCAUGCAGUGGCGAAACGGAGAGAAGACCGAUAUGUACGACUGCCGCAUGAGACGCUGGUUUAUCCAAGCGGCCGCCUCUCCCAAAGACGUCGUGGUGUUGCUGGACGGAAGCGGGUCCAUGUUGGGUUUGAGAAAAGAAAUCGCCCGCAACGUGGUCCUGACCAUCCUCGACACCUUGACCGAAAACGACUAUUUCACCGUAAUUAGGUUUUCUGACGUCAUUCAAUACAUGGUUCCCUGCACCGAGGACACCCUGGUCCAGGCAACCGACUUCAACAUCCGGGAAUUCAAAGAACAUCUGAAGAACCCGGAAACGGUUAACAUCGCUAAUUUCAGUCUGGCUCUCAUCACUGCUUUCGAAUUGCUGCAGAAGUAUAACAGGAGCGGAGAAGGGAGUCAGUGUAACCAGGCCAUCAUGCUGAUCACCGACGGAGCUCCGUACACUUACAAGGAGAUCUUCGAGAGAUACAACCAUCCCAACAUUCCCGUUCGUGUCUUCACCUAUCUCAUCGGUCGAGAAGUCACCGACAUUCGGGAAGUCAACUUCAUGGCCUGCGACAAUCGAGGCUACUACACUCACGUGACGACUCUAGCGGAAGUCAGAGAACAAGUUCAGAAAUACAUUCCAGUCAUGAGCCGCCCGAUAGUGCUGUCCGGCGUCAGAACCACCAUCUGGACUUCCGUCUACGCCGAUAUCUCGGUGAGUCUACCUUUAUCUAUCGUACUUUAGUGAAUAUUGUUCCGUCGAUUCACUACGUCGAUAGACGUCGUCUGGUGUCACCGUCGACGAUGACACCAGACUAAGAACGGUCGGAGCUAUUAAAGGAUGAACGGAAACUGCCGUCGCUGCGCUUGCUUUGUUUCUGCUAGAAAUUAAUUAUUGUGAUGUAAUAAACAAAAAACAUUCGAGGGAGAUAAGUCGGACGAUAUCACAACGUGAGUUCGAACUUCGUUUCGCGCCACAUGAUCCCUAUGACCGUCACUAUAAAAUUUCUUACGGAUAUUUGCAUUAUUCUGUUAUUUUUGUUUCUAGUGUCUGUCGCUCAUUUAAAGCUUCUUUCCAUAAACGUAGUCGCCGUUAACCGUCCCGUAUUUAUUGGAAAAGUAUAUUUAUUCGCGUCGCCAAUAGCUGUCGUACUAAAAUAAAUUAUACAGGCCUACUAUUAAUUAAAUACGCGCGAGCCCAGUGCCGUAACUAGGCAGGUGCAACAGGUGCACCCGCACAGGGUCCACUUGAAAGAUGGGCCUAAAAUGCAUGUAUUUGUUUUAUUACUUUCCCAAACCUAAUUAAUCUAGGGGCCUAAAUGCAAAUUCCUGCACAGGGCACAGGAAUGGCUAGUUACG